AUGUUCUUCAUAAAGGAUUUAUCGCUGAAUAUUACGCUUCAUCCAUCCUAUUUUGGACCAAGAAUGAAAGACUUUCUCAAAACAAAGCUUUUACAGGAGGUGGAAGGUUCGUGUACUGGUAAGUUUGGUUAUAUUCUAUGUGUUUUGGACUAUGACAGAAUAGAUAUCGAAAGAGGUAGAAUUUUACCCACCGACGGAUCUGCAGAAUUUACAGUAAGGUAUAGAGCCAUUGUAUUCAAGCCGUUCAAAGGUGAAGUUGUCGAUGGUACUGUGGUAUCGUGUUCCCAACAUGGGUUUGAAGUUCAAGUAGGCCCCAUGAAAGUUUUUGUCACUAAACACUUAAUGCCCCAAGAUUUAAUGUUUAAUGCAGGUUCAAAUCCUCCAUCAUACCAGAGUUCAGAAGAUGUUAUUACGAUAAAGAGUCGAAUUCGUGUAAAGAUCGAAGGUUGUAUUAGUCAAGUUAGCUCUAUCCAUGCAAUUGGUAGUAUUAAAGAGGACUAUCUGGGAGCAAUUUGA